CAUGCAAAUGUGGUAGCCAGGGAGAUGCGCGGUCUCCAUUCAUUGCUCCCAGCUGGAAGGAGAAGACUGCGCGCGAGCGGCUCCGCGAUUCUGCAGACUUCCCCGCCGAGCGCCGUUCACGCGUUUCGCCGUCUACAGAAACACUGUGCGGACACACACACACACACACACACACACACGCGCUCGAAAUUCCGCGUUACCUCACCGCAAACAUUUGGCAAUUAACAAGCUGAUUUGCGUUCAGGAGCUAAUGAAGAUAUAUUAACCUCCAUAAAAAAGAACUUCUAGGCAGUUUGGUGGUCUUCAUCACCAGGCCUAAAGAGGAGCUCAGUGAAAGAAGCAAUUGUUGCUGCUUAUCCAUCUGUGAAGACAGGCUAAUAAACAUGGGGAAACACAACAGCAAGCUUGCCCCAGAGGUUCUGGAUGACCUGACCAAGAAUACAGAGUUCAACGAGGCAGAGUUGAAGCAGUGGUAUAAAGGCUUCCUGAAGGACUGUCCCUCUGGCAUCCUUAAUCUGGAGGAGUUCCAGCAGCUUUAUGUCAAGUUCUUCCCCUACGGUGAUGCCUCGAAAUUUGCUCAGCAUGCCUUUCGUACCUUUGACAAAAAUGGCGAUGGCACAAUUGACUUCAGGGAGUUUAUCUGUGCCUUGUCCAUCACCUCUCGAGGAAGCUUUGAGCAGAAACUCAACUGGGCCUUCAAUAUGUAUGAUUUGGAUGGAGAUGGCAAGAUUACACGCAUGGAGAUGCUUGAAAUUAUAGAGGCAAUUUAUAAAAUGGUUGGCACGGUCAUUAUGAUGCGAAUGAACGAAGAUGGCUUGACACCCCAGCAGCGUGUGGACAAAAUCUUCAGCAAGAUGGACAAAGACCACAAUGAUGAGAUCACACUGGAGGAGUUCAAAGAGGCGGCCAAAAGUGACCCUUCCAUUGUCCUUCUGCUGCAAUGUGACAUGCAGAAGUAAGAGAGAAAAGGAAAGUUGGCAAGAGAGGGUGUAGGUAUAAGGCAGGAGCUAUGAAGCAACAUGUACAGACAUUUAGAUAAAAGUAGGUUAGUAAGAGUAGAAUUAUAGCACUGUGUACAUAUAGUACAAUACGGUAGAAUGUGAGAGUAAUCAGGUUUUGGGACAGUUUAGAGAAUGAGGAUGGAGUGAUGGAAGCCUGCAUUUUUUGGUCAUGCAGAGAACUGCACUGAUUAUCAGACAGUUAUACCAUGCCAUUGUGAUUUUCAGGUCCAAGCCUAAAACUACAAGAUAUUUAGACCAUUUUAAUACUUAAUGCUCUUGAUUUUUGGAAUUUUUAUUUAUUUAAUAGAAUCCAUACGAAUUCAUUGAGCAAAAUUGUGGCAGCUCUAAAUUCUUUAGGUUUCUGUUUCCUUAAAAUGUUUGUGUCAAGUGUCAAAUAGCCCACAUGCUUUUUUUUUUUAACCUGUGAACAAAAUUUUUUCAAUCCUUCCAUAGAUAAAGGACCAUAUUCAGAGUUCAGUUACAUGCACUUAAUAAGAAUCUAAUACCAAAUUUGCCCCCAUUACUAUUCAAACCUCGAACAUAACUUCAGACUUGAACUCUUCUGCAAGGUACAUCUCAAGUAUGUGCUAUUCUAAAUUUGAAAUUAAGCCAGUUUUGUUGUGCAGUGUCAGCAUGAAUGAGGAGCAGUAUUAAGUCCACCAUCACUGGCUGAAAAUUCGAUGUAGCCACAUAAUAAUUUCACAGUUUGUGGUUCUAAAUAAACUUGAAUGGCCAUCUGUUGUUUGUAGGAAGGAUAUCUAACAGCUUUUUAAUUGGAGACAUCACUUGUGCCCAGGACUGAUUUCUAAAUUAAUAUAUUGUGCUUAAAAAGUCUUUGUUCAUCUUAUCCUUCAAACUUUGGCCACAAAAUAUUUGCAGGAGGGUGCAUGGAAUUAACAAAACACUGGCUUUAUUUUAUUUAUAUGAAAUUAGCUAAUUAAAAGCAUGAGGUGAGUGUCUGCUUAAACUGGAUACAGUGGAUAUAUAUAUAUUUAGUUUUAUCUUGUGACAAUAAUAAUAAUAAUAUUAAUAAUAAUAAUAAUAAUAAUAAUAAUAGGGUUUACUGGAUUAAUUACUAAUUACUGGAUUAAGUGCUAUUUUAUUUUAUAUGCAGCUGUAUCUGUAUAAUGAGUAUAGGGCCAUAAUUUAUAUUAAAUCAGAUGUGUUGUGAUUAAUGAAAAAAUUGCAAUUGCUUGGAUUAUCUAUAAAAAAAAAUGGUUAUAAACUGUUGCUAUCUUUUUGCUUAUCACAUUUCUAAUUUUCGUAUUUUUUGUAUUUACUGUUGCUUAGCUUUAUGCUACAACAUAUUUUACGGCUGAGAGCAAAAAGAAUUUAAUCAAUAAUCUAGCAAAUAAGAAAUCUAAUUUGAUUUCUGUCUAAUUCUGUUUUCAUUCAUCCAAAUUUUUCAAGAUUAAAGGCAAAUGCUUGCAUUAACAGGCAGUGGUCCUGGCUCUUUUGAAACCUCAGCAGUUCUACAAACAAAUCAAAACAAUUUUGCCAACACUGUAGACAUGGUCGACACACAGGCUAUUUUAAUAAACUUAAUAGGUUAUUCAGAAAUUUAAAUUAAGCUUCUACAGAAACUCAUUUUAAAGACAAAGAACUUUCCCUCACGUAAAACGUAUCUGUUUAAAUCUCCAGCUCUGAUAAAGGCUUGUGCAGUGUUGUAAUUAUGAUGGAUAUUAGAUAUACCAUCAUAACCUACUAUCGGAUGUUUGAGGCAGAUAAUUUACUGGUGGUCUUCAUCUGCAGAUCAAUUCUUAAAUAUCAAUGGUUCAAAAUGUAGAAUAAUUAUUGUGUCAUGCUGGUUCUGGGUCACUGACAUAUCGGAACAGAAUUUUGCUAGCCUUAAGAGUUGGAGUCUAUGUACAUGUAAUUAGUGAAAUGUAAAUGUUUCAUGAGACCUGUUUUCAUAUUACAACACUGCUGCAUUUGUGUUUAAACACAAAAGAACAUUCUGUAUAGGAUAUAGAUCUGUCUUAAUGUGUGAAAGUGUAAAAAAAUGGAAAUGUGAGGAAUUUAUAUGUGCAAAAAUGUGUAUCCAUAUGUUUGUGGUUGUUUGUAUGUAUACAUGUGCGUGUGCGUGGGUGAGGCGUGUGUGUGUGUGUGUGUGUGUGUGUGUGUGUAGGUGAAUGUAUGCGUGUACAUUGGAAAGCAAAUGCCUCAGUCUAUGAUAUUUCUGUUAUAGUAGCUGCCCACACUGUUCUGAGAGUAUUAAAGUGAUGUUAGUUGUU